GGUGAUAGAGGUGCUUAAAGUGAAACCUGCCAGUUUCAGUGUAAAACGAGAGUAGCGAGAACGUGGUCUGGUGGUGUGUUAACGUUUCAGCUGUGAUUUUUCUUCUUCUGCUACGGCUACAGAGUGAAAUGACAAAGAGACAAUGUUCGUGGUUGAGAAUGUCUUCAUGCGUAGAGAAUCCGAGCAAUUGGCCAACAAGUAUCAUGCCAAGAGGUUGCAGUCAGAGUCAUGGGAUGAGCGAAAGUGGGAGCUGAGAGCCUUUAAGAAUACCUGCAAGAACUUUUGCGUUGAAGGUGUCUACAACACCUACAUGCUACGGCUGCAACGAAGCUACCUCUCCAUUUAUCUCGUUAUUGAGACCUUCUUUGGACUCCUUCACACCAUCAUUAUCGUUGGGCAGGCUACGAAAUCAAACCUCUCCAUCACAGUUGAAGUCUUUGCCUACCUGAUAACCAUCCUGAUCGUAUGGUUGGCUUUCUUUGUCAACUUCCGCGAGGAGCAGGUGAAGAAGCGCCCGUGGUUGCCAUUUGCCGGCUCUUGCAUUGCUCUGUUCUUCCUCGUAAUGGCUGAUCUCACAGUUCCACUCUACCAUGAAGUCUCAACGCACCCACAGCCACCCCUUAGACCCGGCUAUGCCUGCCAUAUCCUCCUGAGUAUCUACAUUUUCUACCCAAUCAUGAAUAAUUGGCACACAAUGCUCCUCGGAGCAGCUACAACAGCAGCCUACCUCACUGUCCUUGCCAUGAUUACAUACCGCUUGGAUGCUCGUCAAGACCUCAAAGUCAUUUCCGAAGGGCUCUUCUUGCUGGGAAUUAAUCUUCUGGGGCUCUACUACCGUUUAACCUUUGAAAUAACCAUCAGACGGACACUCCUCGAUCGAAGGCAAUGCGUGGAAGGAAACUUGACGCUCAAGUUCCAAAGAGCGCAGGAAAGGAAUCUCAUUUUGAAUAUCCUGCCUGAACACACAGCGGAUGCUCUUGAAAAGGACAUCAGUCACAUGAUAAGGAGGAUCAGGAGUAAUUCCAACGAAAACUCCAAGAAUACGACAAUUAUGGCUUUUUGGCGAGGGCAUGAUAUAAGCUGCUCAUACGGCACGUACUACGCUGAAACGCACGAUGACGUGACAAUUCUCUACGCUGAUGUUGUUAACUACACGAAGAUGACGACAAAACUCAAGGUGAAGCCCCUGGUGGAGACCCUCCAUGAACUCUUUGUUAAAUUCGAUCAAGCUUCUGAGGAGAAUGGAGUCCUGCGGAUUAAAUUCCUGGGAGAUUGCUACUACGCCGUUGCCGGUGUUCCAGCACGCAAUGCCAAUCACGCUAGGAGUUGCGUUGAGCUUGGAUUACGAAUGAUUCAGGAUAUUCAGGAGGUGCGCCAGAAGCGUGAUCUGGACAUCAAUAUGAGAAUUGGCAUUCAUUCAGGAUCAAUCAUUUCUGGGAUUAUUGGUGCUUGCAAGUGGCAGUACGAUAUCUGGAGCAAGGAUGUUGUUAUUGCCAACAAAAUGGAGUCUACCGGUGAACCAGGGAAGCUUCACAUAACACAUCAGACCCUAAGACUCCUACGGGGGAACUACAUUUUCACUGAUGGAACGGAGAAAGCCAAAAAUGAUCCAAUUUUGCAAGAGAAUGGCAUCAAAACCUUCCUAAUCACUCCACCACCAAUGCCAGAGCUCGUUAAUCCUGCAGAUGAUUGUCCAAGAAGGCAAUCAAGGGUAGGUAGUGGUGUUCAGCGACUCCUGAAUCGUAACACCAGCACACUUCCUGCUAGAACGUCUGAACUAACUUCCGUUAGGAACUUCAUGAGGGAUUCAAUUGAACACUUUCGCCAAAUUAUGCGGCAGAUUAAUGUUGAAAUGAUCAGAGAACUAAACUUAAUGCCAAUCGGGAAGUUUCAUUUCAACAAGAUCUUCUCCGGAUCAAAAGGAAGGCGUCAAACUGAGAUUGAUCUGGAAAAGAGUCAACUUACAAGCCUGUCCAUGAUCUUCCUGUGCUUUAAGAAUAAACGUGACGAAUGGUGCUUCCUCAAUGAACCAGAUUUUUUGCUAAAGUACAGCAUUCUAGCUGUUUUUAUAGUUUACCUGCUUGUUCUUGGGAUACAGAUCCUCAAUCAGCCGUAUGGCUUUAGAUUCUCCUCUGCAACCGUUAUCGGUGGAGUCGUGCUACUAAUCCUGAUUCCUUUUGCGUGGUUUAAGAAACUCUGGUUGCACCUUACGCCUGAUGUUGAUGACGAAGAGAAGGCAGCUCCUGUUCCAAAAUGGGCCAUUACAAGACAUAUUUUACGACUAUCAAAUUGGAUCCCGCGCAAUGCAGUUGCCAGGACUAUGAUCUACAUAAUCAGCAUUAGCCUCCUAACAAUGCUCUCCAUCAUUCACGUUACAAGAGUCAAAGACAGAGAGAAUAGUCUGGAGUUGAAUAAGGAAGUCAAGAAGGACAUUGAUGCAAACCUCACAAAAGCAACGUACAUCAACGCCUGGGCUGUUACCCAUUGCCUCAUUCUAACGAUCUGCAUGAAUUUUCUCUUCCUGAAGAUUCAUUUUAUGAUCAAAUUCACAAUUGGAAUGAUUAUUUGCAUAUUCUAUACGUGGCUCGUUGUUUUCGGAGCUUCUUCCAUCUUUUCUGAAAGUUCUUCAACAAAUAUUGGUCUGGAUGCAACAGUUGCCCAUUUAAUGGCCAUCUUCUUCAGUUUCCUGACAAUUCAUCUCGUAGAUAGACAAUCAGAAUAUAUUUCCCGCAUAGACUAUAACUGGAAGAAGCAACUGCUGAAGAAGCAGGAAGAAGCUGAGCUUUGUAAGGACACCAACAAUUUCCUAGUUCACAACAUCCUCCCAGCGCAUGUGGCUGAGAUCUACAUUAAUCAGAAGCAACGUGAUGAGCUGUACCACGAGGAGUUUGACGAUGUAGCCGUAAUGUUUGCAACAAUAACGAAUUUUAAUCUACAAGCGGAUGCACUGAACAUUCUCAAUCAGAUUAUUUGUGAUUUCGACGAAAGACUCCUCAUUGGACGACGAUCGGUGCAUAUUGAGAAGAUUAAGGUAGCCGGAUGGACGUACAUGGCUGCAUGUGGACUACAAGCACGUUGGGGUGAUUCCUCAUUAACCCUGGGUGGUGCUCCGGAUCCAGGUGUCAGGAUUUCCAGUGGAAGAAGAAAGCACACCUUUGGACGGGAAUCCGACAGCAAAAACGCGAGUAAAAUCAAGAAGAAGCUCACAAAGCAAACAGAUCCCGUGUACGUACUCACGGAAUUCGCCCUGGAGCUAAUGGAGUCUCUCCGGAAAUUCAAUGAGGAGAUCUUCCUAACUUCCAAUGAGGGUCAACUACGAAUUGGGAUCUCAAAUGGGGAGAUUAUGGCCGGAGUUGUGGGCUCCAGUAAGCCCCUGUACGACAUUUGGGGUGAUGCCGUCAACAUGGCCUCACGUAUGGACUCCACGGGCCUUCCAGGGCACAUCCAGGUCACCCCAAACACGGCACAGAGACUCCAAAAUCUCGGUGUUCAGUGCACAUGCCGUGGCUUCCGGGAGAUCAAAGGUGCUGGCCAGAUUCUCACGUAUUUCGUGGGAAUCGAUAAGGAUCUAAAGCUCAUCCCAGAGGAAAAUUUGGAAACGGAAGUGACUGAAUUAUAGUAAACUUAUUUAAUCCAAAAAAAA